AUCAACUGUCUUUGAAACCAAUCUCCAAAAAAACUAAGCAGAUAUUUCGUUGGAACAACCAUGGCAUGUUCAUGUUCACCAACUCCAAUUUCUGCAAUAUCUUUCACCAAUACAACACUGCCCAAAGAGACUUCUUAUUCUUCUUCUUCACCUUCCAUUUUAACCCCAAGAGCCAUGGCCAAAGAGGUUUACUUUAACCGUGAUGGUUCUGCUACUAAGAAACUCCAGACAGGAGUGGACUUGGUGGCAGAGCUUGUAGGGGUGACUUUGGGUCCAAAGGGAAGGAAUGUAGUGUUGCAGAACAAGUAUGGACCUCCCAAGAUUGUUAAUGAUGGAGAAACUGUUCUCAAACAGAUUGAAUUGGAAGACCCUUUGGAGAAUGUUGGAGUUAAAUUGGUUAGACAAGCUGGUGCCAGAACAAAUGACCUUGCUGGUGAUGGUUGCACUACAUCUAUAAUUCUUUCUCAGGGUUUAAUCACUGAAGGUGUAAAGGUGAUUGCAGCUGGCAUGAAUCCUGUUCAAAUUGCUCGUGGGAUUGAGAAGACUUCAAAGGCCCUUGUUUCUGAACUCAAAUUGAUGUCAAGAGAGGUUGAGGAUCAUGAGCUUGCAGAUGUUGCUGCAGUUAGUGCAGGGAAUGAUUAUACAGUAGGUAACAUGAUUUUUGAUGCUCUUCAACAAGUGGGAAGAAAGGGUGUAGUCACAAUUGAAAAAGGGAAGUGUGCUGAAAACAGUCUACAAAUUGUAGAAGGAAUGCACUUUGAUCGUGGAUAUUUGUCACCUUAUUUUGUAACAGAUCGACAAAAGAUGACAGUGGAGUUCCACAAUUGCAAGUUACUUUUGGUUGACAAAAAAAUCACAAAUCCAAAGGACAUGUUUAAGAUACUGGACAGUGCAGUGAAAGAGAAGUAUCCUGUUGUGAUAGUUGCAGAGGGCAUUGAGCAGCCAGCCCUGGCUCUAUUAAUUAGGAACAAACUCAAAGGUGUGCUGAAAGCAGCAGCUAUCAAAGCUCCUGCCUUUGGUGAACGGAAGAGCCACUGCUUAGAUGACAUUGCUGUCUUGACUGGAGGAACUGUGAUCAGGGAUGAGAUGGGGCUGACACUAGAUAAAGCUAGGAAGGAGGUCCUGGGUACUGCUGUUAAGGUGGUGAUUACCCAGGAUUCUACAUUAAUAGUUACAGAUGGGAGCACUCGAGCAGCUCUUGAGAACAGGGUAUCUGAAAUCCGAGGCCUAGUUGAGAAUACUGAAGAAAAUUUCCAGAAAAAGAUACUGAAAGAAAGAAUAGCAAGGUUAUCAGGCGGGAUUGCUAUUCUUCAGGUAGGAGCACAAACAGCAGUUGAGUUGAAGGAUAAGCAACUCAGAAUUGAAGAUGCUCUAAAUGCAACCAAGGCGGCAAUUGAGGAAGGUGUUGUAGUAGGUGGUGGCUGUAGCCUCUUGAGGCUAUCGACAAAGGUGGAAAGUAUAAAAGAACUUUUGGAAAAUGAAGAACAAAAGAUUGGAGCUGAGAUCUUCAAGAGAGCAUUGUGCUAUCCCACGAGAUUAAUAGCCAAAAAUGCUGGUGUCAAUGGCAAUGUUGUUGUUGAGAAGGUCCUAUCUAAUGAUGAUCCUAGGUACGGUUACAAUGCUGCAAAAAACUGUUAUGAAGACUUGAUGGCAGCAGGAAUUAUUGAUCCGUCUAAGGUGGUUAGAUGUUGUCUGGAGCAUGCAGCAUCUGUGGCGAAGACUUUUCUGACAUCUGAUGCUGUUGUAGUCGACAUUAAGGAAUCAGAGACCAUUCAAAAGAGAAAACCCUUUCCAACCUCUGCUAACUCUCUCCUUUCCCAGCAAAUGCUGCCCACAGUUGAACAAAGGAGAAAAUCUAUGCCAACCUCACCUAACCCAGCUCUUUUUGCCAAGCAAAUGCUGUCCACUAAUGAACAAAUUCGUGGGAGGAAACCGAUGCCCAACCUCAUCUAAUUCUCUCUCCGCCAAAUAAAUUAUGCGUACUUACCAACAAAGGAUGCACACUCAAUCAACUCUUGAUUCGGCCACAAAGUUACCACAUCAACAUCAAGAAAAGUUACAAUGAAUUUCGAUUUUCACUCAUUCAGUGUCAGACGAUUGGAUUUGCAGGCAGGAUAUAACAACUCUGUGUCAUCCCUUCAUAAUGAGGAGGAAUCAUCAGAUGAUAAAAGGGUUAUGCUGCUUUUCUUCAUAAAAAAGAAUGGUGUGGAUGAUCAAUGCCAAACUAGCUUUAGGGCGUCUAGACUUCAGUUUCUUUGCUACAAGAGGACAGUUACCAUUACAUAAACUAACUAGUGGGAAGAUUCCCUGUGAGAAAGGAAGUCUGGUCUGAGAAGGUAAAUGCUCCAAGAUAAGUUGGUUCUCUUCUUAACUCAGUUCUGAAAGUGUAAUGUUUAUGCAUGUAUAGAUAAUAAAAAUAAUUGCCUCAUGAUUUCCUUAACUAUAA